AUGGCCAGCAGCGUGUUCGGCGCCCCCCGCGCGGCCGCACUGCGCGUGCAGAGGCGGUCCCAUCGCCAGGCGCAACGGUCCUCCUCGCUGCGCGUGCGCGCCUCGGCGACGCCGACGAUCUUCUACUUCGGCGGCGACGACGGCUUCCGCGGCAGGACGGAGGUCUUCAAGCUCGCGCUGGCCUCGAAAGACCUGGGGUGGAAGAUGGCGCCCCUCGACAAGCCGGCACUCAAGGGGGACCGCGACGCGUACCCGUUCGCGCAGUGCCCGCGGUACGUCGACGACGAGGUGGACCUGGUCCAGAGCAACACCAUCUGCCGCCACAUCGCGCGCAAGCACGGCUUGUACGGCGACGGCUCGCUGAUGCAGAUGGCGCUGGUGGACAUGUGGCUGGACGGCGUCGAGUCGAUCCGUGCGCCGUACGCCAUGCUGAUCUACGUCGACAAGCUGGACGCCGAGGCGCUCGCGGCGUACAAGACGCGGCACGUGGACCCCGCGACGACCGAGGAGAAGAACUACGGCGCGCACUUCGCGUACCUCGACGGCCUGCUGAGGAAGAACAACGGCGGCGACGGCUUCUGCGUCGGCACGGGCCUCACCAUCGCCGACCUGCAGCUGUGGGAGAUCGUGGACAUCCACCUGCACAUCGCCGGCGACGAGCUCCGCGCCAACUACCCCGCGCUCAUCGCGCACCACGAGCGCAUCGCGCAGCUCCCCGGCAUCAAGGAGUAUCUCGCGGGGCCGCUACGCAUGGCGCAGAUCAACGCCAACGGCCUCGGGCAGCCCGCUGAGGCCGCUGCGUGA